CAUUUCCUUACUUUCCUUCAAAAUCAAAUUUUCCAUUUCUAACUUUCUUUCAAUUUAUCCAAAUCCAAACUCAUUUCCUUAUUUUCCUUCAAAAUCAAAGCAGAUUUUCCAUUUUCCAUUUCCCAUUUUCCUUUUUACACGCCUCAUUGUCCAGAUUAGCAUCCCUUAAAUUUUCUGUCGGAAAAUAAAUUCCGCUCAAUAGGAUUCCAAAACCUUGAAACGCCUUUGGUUUCUCAUCUUCAAAGAAAAUACAUUGGUUUUUUUCCCUGACAUAUAUCCGAAAAUUAUAUUGAAAUAUUAUCAGGCAAUAAAUGCGGAUAUGUUGAUGGCAAUCUCCAUAAAUAUCGCCUCGGUUGAUGUCUAUUUCAGAAACCGACUUAAAUACGAGGCCGUUUUGCUCAUCCCUCAGUCAUCUUCAUCGACAGCGAUAACAGAGCAGAGCCAGAGUGCUGUUUUCUUGCCCUUGCCGUGAAGAUGAGAGUGGCGGCGUACGUUAGCGCGGUCAUGCUAACGUGCGCGUGGUGCGUAUUGUCGGAGCCGAGGCUGGAGGUGCCGAUGACUCUGGUUCGGAAUGCUUCUCAUCAGGGAGCUUUUUGCUUAGACGGGAGCUUGCCGGCGUAUCAUCUGCAUAAAGGAUUCGGAGCUGGAGCUACCAACUGGCUUUUGCAGUUUGAGGGAGGUGGGUGGUGCAAUGAUUUAGAAUCAUGCUUCGAGAGAGCCGGUACUCGUCGUGGAUCAACUCGUUACAUGUCCAAGUUUGAGGUCUUUUCUGGAAUUUUAAGCAAUAAUGCAUCUCUAAAUCCAGAUUUUUACAAUUGGAACCGGGUGAAGCUAAGAUAUUGUGAUGGAGCCUCAUUUGCUGGGGAUGCCAAGUUUGACAAUGGGACCUCAAUACUCUACUUUAGAGGGCAGAAGAUUUGGCGAGCAAUAAUUAAUGAUCUUCUCCCUAAAGGAUUAAGCAAAGCAAAGAAGGCUUUACUUUCAGGUUGCUCUGCUGGAGGUCUAGCAUCUUUUUUGCAUUGUGACAACUUUACCAGCUUUCUACCACAAAAUGCCAGUGUAAAAUGCUUGAGUGAUGCUGGAUUUUUUCUUGAUGAAAAAGACAUAAGCUUGAACCACUCUAUGAGGGCCUUCUAUGAAGAACUCAUUUCCCUGCAGGGGGUUGAAAAGAAUCUACAUGAAAACUGCACAAGUUCUCUCCAUUAUCCACAUCUAUGCCUCUUCCCACAGUAUGCUUUGGAAUUCAUUAAGACACCCUUUUUUAUCUUAAACUCAGCAUAUGAUGUGUACCAAUUUCAUCAUAUAUUGGUGCCACCUACUGCUGAUUUGCAUGGACGUUGGAAUCGUUGCAAGCUAGAUCCUGCGGCAUGCAAUCCAAACCAGCUAAGUAUUUUGCAAGGUUUUAGGAAAGAUAUGCUUACAGCUUUGAACCAAUUCUAUACUUAUUCAAGAAGAGGAGGGAUGUUUAUAAAUUCAUGCUUUGCUCAUUGCCAAAGUGAGUCACAAGACACAUGGCUGGCAAUUGACUCCCCAAGGGUGAACAAUAAGACUAUCGCAGAAGCAAUUGGUGACUGGUACUUUAGCAGAAGGAUAACUAAAGAGAUUGACUGUGCAUAUCCUUGUGACACCACUUGUCAUAAUCUUAUACCAUUGCCUUAGGUCUUUGAUCCAAUAUCUGUAGGGUGGUAACUGCCAAAGGCUUCUUUUCAUACUCAAAGAAAUGAAGUAAUUUGAUAGUUUUAUAAGAACCACAUCAACAAUUACAAGAAGUGCACAUUUUCAGAUAGAUAGUUCAAUUAUUCAAAUAAUUCGAUGAAAUUAACAUUCUUGCAAUUCUAUCAAUCAAUAAAGAUUUGUUUCUUUUA